GCUCCGGUUAGCUGCUUCUCGCCGGUGCAGAAGGGGUGUCAGCUGCUGGGUACCUCUGUCUUUCUCUCCUGCCUUCAUUGCUGGGUCUGCUGGGGUCGGGUCAAGUGGCGCUGCCCAACUUCUCAACAGCCUUGCAGGUAGAGGAGAAUCUGUAACAAGAUUGGGAAAAAAAGAAGAGACAAGUUUUCUUUCCCAGUCCAUGGAAAAAUAACCCUGUUGGAUUAUCAUCUGGAAACAGUGGAAACUGCCAACAUGAGCAACGAGAGGCCGGUGAACCCCAGCUCAUCUACACUGACCGAGGGCCUGAAGAGAAAGAGGGGAAGACCAAAGAAGCAGCCCCAGGAGGAGGCUGUAGGACCAUUGCCAGCGAAGAAACCACGAGGAAGGCCAAAAGGAAGCAAGAAGGUGACUACUGUAUCUGGACAAACGGUAGAACCUUCUGGGAAAAGGCCAAGAGGGAGGCCUCGCAAGUGGCCUCAACUAGUGGUCCAAGAAGGAGUGCCUCAGGAAGGAAAUCCUCAGGGAAGCAGUGACUUGAAUUUGAACUCAGCGCCAGCCACCCAAGGUGAGGAUUUUUGAGCUGCUGUGCUAGAGGGAGGACAUGGGAGGAUGCAUGUGCUUGCUCAUCCUGCAGGUUGUAUGCUGUACAGCUCUGAGUGGGAAAGAGAUCUGCCCUGGGCUUCAUGUCUGCAACAUUAAGGAAGAAUUGUUGAAAUAAACAACGACUGACUUGCUGAAAUAAACAAUGGCUGACUCCCUGCUUUUCAGUCAGUCUGUCAGGGGGAGAAUCAAGAAAUAGGAAGAGCCAAACUAGAAAUAUGCAAGACUUAC